GGGACCAGCAUCUCAGAGCCAGAGACGCAGGUCUGUGAAGAGGCAGAGGAGGCUGCCCAGUCCCUGGACAAACACCUAGCCCAGGAGGACCUGCGUAACCCAUGGACCUUUCCAGACCCAGAUGCAGACUCUGGAGGGAGCUGGUUCUCCUGGCCAGUCUACUGGCUUGGGGGACCCACCAAGCCUCUGGCCAAAUCUACAUCAGCCCAGAGUCACUCUUAGGGUUCAAGGGACUUCGGACCAUCAUUGUCCUCGAGAAUGCCACUGAAGAUGCUCUAGAAUUUAGCUGGCACCGUGGUGCAAAUGACACUGAGGACAAUAUGAUCGUCAGCUACAAACCUCCCUCCAAUUCCUGGCAGACUGGGCCCAUGUACAGAGGCCGGGAGAAUGUGACCACGUUUGGUGACUUGAUGAUUAGGCGAUCUGCAUUAAAUGACACAGGGAACUACACUGUGAGGGUGGACACUGGCAAUGGGACCCAGACAGCAACCGGCUGGCUCGAAAUACAAGAUGUGGAAGGCAAGCCAGACAUCUGGGCCAACGCCACCUCUCUUAUAGAAGACGUGGAUUCUGUGGCUGCCAUUUGCUACACCAAUGCCACCACUGUCAAGUGGUAUGUGGAUUUUACACUGGUGUCCAGCAGUGACCGGAUGACAAUCUCCCCAGACCUCAAGACCCUUGUCAUUCACAGAGUCAGCCGCUAUGACAGAACACUUCACUGCGAGAUAGACAGCAUCCUGGAGAUUCCUCAGAAUAGUAAAAUUAUCUCUCUGACUGUGGCCUAUGGGCCAGACAAUGUGCGGCUGAGUACCAGUCCCAUUACCUCCAAAGGCGUCCUGUCUGCUAAGAUCGGCUCCCAGGUGAUGAUGGAGUGUGAUGCCAUUUCCAAACCCAGUCCCAUGUACCAGUGGGUCCACAAUGGCUCUCUCCUGAGCUUCUCGGAGGCAAGCGUCACUCUCCAAAGUCUGACCUGGGACCAGAUGGGCAAAUACAGAUGCAUCGUGGCGAACCCUGUGACCCAGCUGACCUUGUACAGGGAAUUCCAGAUCCAACUGUCCCGGGACACAACUCCUGUUGUGAACAAAGGUUUCUACAUCUCAGGAGCCAAAGUGGUGUGGCUCAUUGUGUUCACAGUCCUGGGCAGCGUCUACUUCUGUGGAAUCCUGAUUUACGCCUUGAUCAGCCAUUUCUCCACCAGGCAUCCCCGGUUACCCAGUGUCCGCCUUAGAACAUGAGGACAAGACCAAAUGGGCAAGCUUGAUGCCAUGGCACCACCAGAGAAGAUGCAAAGAUGACCAUUGCCAGUGAUGGGGAAACUGAACAACCUAUAAUUGCCCAACAACCAGGAAUGGCUUAAAUGGACACAGUGCAGUUUGCGCUAAUCUGUCAUGGUUAGAAACCACGCUGGAGAAAGGUGCUCACUGAUGCAGGAAAUGCUUACAACUCAUUGUUAGAAAUGUAUAAUGUAAAACUGCACCUGGUAGGACCAUCGUUAUGAAGAGGGGAGAUUAGCUGACUAAAGUUGUAUGUAUACACACACAUAUACUUAUAUAUGUGCAUACAUACACAUGUAUGUGUGCGUAUACACAUAUAUACACCCUUGUACAAAAAUAUGGAAAACAUUAACUAUUAACAGUCUUAUCUCUUAAUUUCCUUCUUUGCACUUUACUAUAUGUUCCAAAGUGUUUUUUUUUCCCCUCACAAAAUGUAUAAACUGUUUUUAUAAUCAGGAAAAAAAAAAACAAACAAUAAAGUUAUGGACCCAGCAAUCUUCACUGUGCCACUCUGCUCUACUAAAACCCAAUAAAGUUAAAACAUUGCCUGCAAGAAGAGCCAGCUAGAGUUUUCAGCACCUCCCGCCCCAUUUCCCCCGCUAACAGCUCGUCCUCAGAUGGGCUGACCAGCACUGUCUUCUGAAUCAACUUCGAGGUGUGCGGGCAGAUUGAAAAUAGGUAUGUGCAUGCUUUUAUGCAUCUCGGUGCCAUUUCUUUAUAUUCUGCCCACGAAUUUCUUUUUUGCAUUGUCUCUGUGGUCACUUACUUAACCACUAGAUCUAUGGAUCAAAAUGCAUAGAUUCACAGAUAUUUCCAAAACCACCUCAUCUGAAUGAAAGAAAACCAAACACAUCCUGAGUUAACCACUGCAUGUACCCAUCAGCAGAGGUGGGCAUUUUACUAUUUCUAUAUCUGAACCUGUAUUUCCCCACCUUACAGUCUUUUUUUUUAAAAUUAAGAUUUUAUUUAUUUAUUUGACAGAGAGAGAAACAGUGAGAGAGGGAACACAAGCAGGGGGAGUGGGAGAGGGAGAAACAGGCUUCCCACUGAGCAAGGAGCCCAACGUAGCAGCUCCAUCCAAGGACCCUCGGAUCAUGACCUGAGUGGAAGGCAGAUGCUUAAGGACUCAGCCCCCCAGGUGCCCCUCCCCACCUUACAGUCUUAAGUAAGACUGUUGAACUUUACCUAAAGCCUUUUCAUUAUUGUUAAAAAAUUUUUAUUAUUUUUUGUCAAAGGUAGAUCUAUAUACAGUAAAAUGCAGAAAUCUUACAUGAAUAAGUCAAUGAGUUUUGACAAAUACAUACACUCAUAUAACUACUAUCUCAAUCAAGAUAUGGGAUGUUUUCUGCAUCCCAGAAAGUGUCCUUGUGCACUAUUUAAGUUAUCCCCCAGCCACACACCCCCAAACAGAGGCAGCUCCUUUUGUUGAAUUUCUUUCCCAAUAGAUUAGUUUAAUCUGUACUUGAACUUCAUCUAAGUGGCAUUAUAGAGUAUAUUCUUUUGUUUCUGGCUUCUUUCACUCAACAUGUUUUUGAAAUUCAUUCAUGUUUUUACAUGGGCCAACUGUUCAUUCUUUUAUUUUGA